UUUCCGGUGUUACACACGUGCAAUGUUUUGAGUUUCUUCGUUCCCGAACAGACAAGAUGACAGAUCGAAAUCGGAAUAAAUUACCGACAAACCUUCCACAACUUCAGAAUCUUAUCAAACGGGAUUCUGAAUCUUACAAGGAUGAAUUUCUGCAGCAGUACAGACACUAUCAGUCCAAUCUGCAGCUGUUCCAGCUGAAACCAUCAGCGUUUUCUAAAACCUUAGAAGAAUUGUUGAUAUUUCUGGCUCAGGUUUCCCACUGUUACCCUGGCGACCUGUCGGAGUUUCCCCAGCAGCUGCGAGACCUCCUACACAGACAUGCCACGGCACUGGACCCAACAAUGAGACUGUCAAUGGUGAAGUCCCUCAUCCUGUUACGAAACAAAGGCUUGAUACCCGCCACCAGCAUCCUGGAACUGUUCUUUGAGCUGUUCCGUUGUCAGGACAAACUCCUGAGAAAAACACUCUACAAGUACAUCGUCACCGACAUAAAGAAUGUCAACUCCAAGCGCAAGAAUAUGCAGCUAAAUUCGACUCUUCAGAGUUUUAUGUACACAAUGUUGACAGAUAAAAGUCCUGUGGCAGCCAAAAUGUCCUUGGAUGUGAUGAUUGAGCUGUACAAGAAGAAUGUAUGGAACGAUGCCAAGACCGUCAAUGUCAUUACAACAGCCUGCUUCUCCAAGUAUGCCAAGAUACUUGUUGCAGCCGUGAAGUUUUUUCUGGGAAGAGAUGAACUAGAUCAGAAAGCUGAGAGUGAUAGUGAUGAUGAUGAUGAUGAUAAAACGUCUAAGAAAACAGCAAGAGAGUUAUCACUUGCCUACCGAGUUGGGAAGAAAACUAAAAACAGGGAAAGAAAAUUGAAGAGAGCAUUAGCCGUGCUGAAGAAACAAGGUGGCAAAAAGAAAAAGGCCGAAGUUUUCAACUUCUCUGCUAUGCAUUUGAUACAUGAUCCUCAAGAAUUUAGUGAGAGGCUGUUUAAGAAACUGGAGUCAUCCAAUGAAAGAUUUGAAGUAAAACUGCUAAUGAUGGAUCUGAUUUCAAGACUUAUCGGAAUACACCAGCUGUUCCUGUUCAACUUUUACCCGUUCUUGAAACGAUUCCUUCAACCACAUCAGAGAGAGGUGACCAAAUUGCUGUUGUUUGUUGCACAAGCCAGUCAUGAGUUAGUUCCCCCUGAUGUAAUAGAGGAGGUUUUGUUAACAAUCUCCAACAACUUCAUCACGGAGAGGAACUCCAGGGAGGUGAUGGCUGUGGGACUGAAUUCCGUGCGAGAGGUGUGUGCACGGUGCCCGCUGGCUAUAGGGGAGGACUUGCUGGGAGACCUCGUCCAGUACAAGUCACACAGAGACAAGACUGUGAUGAUGGCAGCACGGGCCCUGAUUCAAGUGUACAGGCAGCACAACCCUGCCCUCCUGCACAAGAAAGACAGGGGCCGACCUACAGAUGCGAAGAACGAGCACACAGCGUUGAAGUACGGUGAGCGGAACACCAAGGACUACAUCCCCGGGGCAGAGGCGUUGGAGGAGAUGGAGGACGAUGCAGCAGACAAACCUCAAGAUGGCGAUGAUUGGCAGUCGUGCAGUGAGGGGGAGGAGGAUGGCGACAGCGAUGGAGAGUGGGUCACGGUGCAGCAUUCAUCUGACGAGGAACAGCAGGAGGAGCUGACCAAGUUGGUGCCAGCAGAUCCUGCAGAGAGGAAGCGGAAGGCUCAGGAUAUCUCUGCCAACCGGAUCCUGUCGCAGGAAGACUUCGCCAAGAUCAACCAGCUCCAGGCCUCCAAGCAGGUGCAGCACACAUCCACCAAGGGGAAGAAGAGGAAGUCCCUGGAGGUGGAGACAGAGAGAAGGGGUGAGCUGCCCAACCUGGCCGACAUUGAGAACGUGCACAAGAGGCGAGCCCACGACAAAGAGUCCAGACUGGCGACAGUGUUGGCUGGCCGGGAAGAUCGGGGGAAGUAUGCUCAUGGGAGGGAGAAGAUGAACCCAGACGCCAGCACCACCAACAAACAGAAGAAGAAGAGCAAGCCCUUUAUGAUGGUGAAACACAAGAUGCAGAGGAAGGUCAAAAGGUCAUUCAAGGACAAACAGAUCGCACUGAGGAACUCGCUGCUGAAGAGGCAGAGGAUGAGCAAGAAAUUCUAGGACCCAGAGACCACUCAUUGUGUAUAAUUGUAAAUAAACACUAUUUACAUCCAA